AGAAGAAGAGAUUCAACCAAAGAAAGCCGUUCAACAAGACGAAGAGGAUAGUGAUGAAGAAACAUUCCGUGGUUUCGAUGCUCUUGAAGAUGAUGAAGAUGAUGAAGAUGACAUUAUGGAUCUUGACGACGAAGAUAAUAGCAAGAAAAUUGCUGACUUUAUUAGCCAAAUGGAUACAAAGAAACGUAGACGUACAGGGGAUGAAGAAGGCAAUAUAAAGAAACGUCAACUGAAAGAAAAGAGCGAGGCAUACAAAGAAAACGAAUUUAAUUUACCUACACAUGAAGAAGAUGAUGCCUCAAAGAAAUUAAGUCUUUCUGACUUGAUGAGUACGAUUGAAGAUGAUGGAACCUUUGGUUCCUUAAAGACAGGUUUAGAAAGUCUAGCUGGUAAAGGCAAAAAUGUUACACGUCGGGCUUUAAGCGCACCAUUAGCUAAACGUGCUCAAGAUCGUUUGGAACGUCAAGCUGCUUUGGAAAAGGCUACCGAAGAAAUUACAAAAUGGGAGCCUACUGUUCAAAAGCUUCGUGCUGCUGAGCAUCUUUCCUUCCCUAUGCAAGAUCCAACAGAAUCACAUAGAGCAACGCGUACAAGUGCUGCAAUGGCUAAUAAAUUCAAGCCUGAGACAGAUCUUGAAAAGCAAAUUUCAGCUGCACUUGCAGAGGCUGGUAUGAAGGAUGAAGAAUUAGAGGAGUUUGAAGCCCUCAAGUUAAACAAGUUAUCAGUUGCGGAGAUUGAAGAAAGACGUAAAGAGCUUCGUAUGAUGCGUGAAUUGAUGUUCCGUCAUGAAAUAAAGAACAAACGUCUCAAAAAAAUUAAGAGCAAGAGUUACAGAAAGUUGAAGCGUAAAGAAAAAGAAAGAUUAGGACUUCAAGCUAAGAAUAGUGGUUUGGAUGAAAUUGAUCAUGAAUUAGACGAUCACGAGAAGAUGCAAGCCGCUAUUAGUAGAGCUGAAGAACGUAUGACCUUAAAGCACAAGAAUACUAGUAAAUGGGCCAGACGUGCUUUGGCACGUGGCACAAAAGAUGAAGGUACUCGUGAAGCUAUUAUGGAGCAACUUCGCCGUGGUGAUGAGCUUCGCCGUAAAAUUGAUGGCCAAGAAUCAGAUGAAGAUAGUGACGAAGAUGAGGCCGAGAAUGAUGAGGAGUAUGUUAAUGCUGCAUUAACCAAAUUACAUGAAGAAAUUGAUCAAGAUACCCAGCCUAAGAAGGGCAUAUUUUCUAUGAAGUUUAUGCAAGAAGCUGCUAAGCGCCAGUUAGAUGCUACUAAAGAGGAUCUUGCUGCUUUUGAAAAAGAAUGGCUUGCUGCUGAUAGUGAUGAUGAUAAUAAUAAAGAAAAUGAAGGAAAUAAAGAAGAUAAUCAUACAUUUAUAGCUAAUAAUCCAGGUCGUAUGGCAUUUGGUGCUAAGGCUAAACAACUUAAAAAGCCAGCUCAAGUGAAAAAGACAGAAGAUGACGAUAGAGAAGGAAAGGAGAUAAUUGAUGAAGAAAAUGAAACCGGUAUGGUUACCAUUAGUGAAGCAGGGCAGAUAAAAAAGGUGUCGCAUUCAGCUGCACAUAACACACGUACAUCAACACACAUUAGUCUUAAUAAUAAUAAUGAUAGUAAAAAGACUAGUCCUCUUGCUAAUUUGGAAGACGAGACUGAAUCUAAUCCUUGGCUCCAAGCAGAUACAUCACGUCUUACUAAAAAGGCUUCAAAGAAUAAUGUCAUUUCUAGUCAAACAGAAAGUCGUGCAGAGCACAGUAUAUCCAAAAUGAAUAAAACAAAAAAGGAAAAGGAAAAGGCUAAUGAUACAACAGAUAAUGUUGAGCUUGAUUUAACCAAGGUAUUGACAAUUAAAUCCACUCAACAAACUAGCAAAUCCAAAAAAUCAAAGGAAGAUUCAACUUCAUCUGACAUUGCUAAAGUAACACAUAUGAAGGAUGAUUCUGAUGAAUCUGAAGGAGAAGAUGAUUUAGAUGAUAAUAAUGCUACAUCACAAAUAAUUCAUAAGGAUAAAAUUUCAUUUAGUCAACGAGAGCUUGUAGCUAGAGCCUUUGCUAAUGAUGAUGUUGUUGCUGAGUUUGAAGACGAAAAGAAGGCAGAGAUUGAAGAAGAUGCUGAUAAAGUAGAGGAUUUAACAUUACCUGGUUGGGGCUCUUGGGCUGGUGCUGGUGUUAAGGAAAAUAAGAAGAAAAAGAGAAUUGUUAAAGUGACAAAGGGUAUUGAUGCUGAUAAGCGUAAAGAUGCUAAACUUUCUCAUGUUAUCAUCAACGAGAAAAUUAAUAAGAAGGUUGAGAAAUACACAGCUACAGCUGUACCAUUCCCUUAUAAGACUAUGGAGCAAUAUGAAAGAUCAAUCAGUACUCCUCUUGGUAGUGAAUGGAAUACUCGUCAAACAUUCCAUAGAUUAACCAAACCUAGAGUUCUUACUAAGCUUGGUAAAGUUAUUGAUCCUCUCAAGGCACCCUUUUCAUAAUUAAGCUAUAUAUGUAUACAUAUAAAUAUAUAUAUAUAUACAU